CGUUGCCGCAGACUGAACACUGUUAUGCAAAGCACACAUUAUUGUUAUUUUUUUCUGUCAACGGGUUUAACUCCGUCAAGCGCUGCUCUGGAUAACCUCCACAGGUUUCCACCAUGGAUGUUACUGAAUAAAACCCUACAUCGUGGAAUGAUUUCAAAAUGAUUUGAAGGCUUUAAACUCUCCCUCCUCUUCUUCUUUUUUUCAGACGUCCUCAUGAGCUCUACUACCCGUUCUUGCAGAUACUCUUGGCUGGCGCGCUUGCCUGAUGCGCAGCGCCUCCCCAACUGGUCCCUCAAUUUGACAAAUUCUUGGACGUGAGUGGCUCCACUGAAUGGAUUUUUUUUUACUUGCAAAGAUGAUCUGCUGAAUAUCUGAGAAGUCGAACAUCUCUGUUGCAUCAUAUCUUCUCUGCACAAGAAGGCUGCCCGGUUUUGAAGAGCGCAAUGACACUUUGGUCAUUUUGGAGUUGUUUUCUUUUGGCUUGCAUACAUCUUUACCCCUUUCACCUCAAGUUGGGAGCUCGGGCGGAGAUAACUUUCCCUAGAUUGGCGAACAGAUUUUAUCCCUUAGAGGUAACAUCGCCGAAAGCACGUGUGAUCAGAAAAUCCGCGGAGAUCCAAGUCUCGCUCAAAGUCAGUGACCGCAAUGAAGUUUUUAACAGGUCUGAAACUGAAGGAACAGCCGCUGCGAGAUCAACAUAUGAGCAGGGGGUAAAAAACGAGACCCUCAUUAGAAAUGACACCGCGGUAAACUAUUUUAACAAUCUCAAAAUACCCGACAAAAAGUGCGACAACAUUUCAACAGGAGUGACUGAAGCACCAAAACGCACAUUUUCAAUCAGGGAGAAGCGGAAAAGGAGUGUUGGCGUUUCUUACAACGAAAAUCUGGACAGGAGUAUCACUGGGGAAGCGCAGAGCUCCGUGGAAAGUGUCCAAGGUGCUUCUAACUUCAGAAGCGAGUACCGGCGCACAGGGGAGGAAAGCAGGGGCUCGAACGCGAGGCAGAGCGAGCCUCACCUGGACACCUCCACUUUUGCUCUGUCGGGAGACUCGGCGCACAACCAGGCGAUGGUGCACUGGUCCGGCCAGAACAGCAGCGUGAUCCUGAUUUUGACUAAGCUGUACGACUUCAACUUGGGUGCUGUUACCGAGAGCUCGCUCUGGAGAUCCACUGAUUAUGGCAGUACCUACACCAAACUCAAUGAUAAAGUGGGCUCGAGGACAGUUUUGAGUUACCUGUAUGUCUGUCCCACCAACAAACAAAAGAUAUUGAUGCUCAGUGACCCGGAGGUGGAGAGUGCUGUUCUCAUCAGUUCAGAUGAAGGGGCAAGCUUUGCGAAGUAUCCCAUUAACUUCAACGUCCUGAGCCUCCUCUUUCACCCUGCGCAGGAGAACUGGAUACUGGCUUACAGUCAUGACUACAAGCUCUACAGCUCAAUGAACUUUGGGAAGGAAUGGCAGCUCGUCCAUGAAAACGUGAUGCCAGGCAGAUUCUACUGGGCGGCAAUGGGGCUGGACAGAGAAUCAGAUGUGGUCCACAUCGAGACGCGCAUCGCAAAAGGCCGAGCCCAGUACGUGAAGUGCAGAGCACAGAGAUGCACAGAGGGCAACAGACAGUACCUUUUUCCCGGACACGUAGACACCAACUCCCUCGUUGUGCAGGACGAAUACGUUUUCACACAGGUAACCAAGUCUGGACGAGCCAGUUAUUUUGUCUCCUACAUGAGGGAAUCCUUCAGGCAGAUGAAAUUACCAAAGUACUGUUUGCCAAAGGAUAUGCAUAUUAUCAGCACAGAUGAGAAGCAGGUAUUCGCUGCUGUCCAGGAGUGGAAUCAGAACAACACUUACAGCCUGUAUAUCUCAGACUCCCCUGGGGUCUACUUUAUCCUUUCAUUAGAGAAUCUGAGAACCAGCAGAGGGCCUGCUGGUAACCUACUGGUUGACUUUUAUAAGGUUGAGGGUAUAAACGGCAUGUAUCUUGCCAACAAAAUAGUGGAUAACCUCAUUAAGACUUUCAUCACAUACAACAAGGGACAAACGUGGGCUCUGCUGCCGGCUCCGACCACAGAUGUGUCUGGAAACAACCUUCACUGCAUUCUGCCAUUUUGCUCGCUGCAUCUUCAUCUGGAGAUGUCAGAGAACCCGUACACAUCUGGGCCCAUCACCAGCAAGAAGUCUGUCCCAGGAAUCAUUGUGGCCACAGGAAACGUUGGAACGGAGCUGUCCUCCACCAACCUUGGGAUGUUUAUAACAUCUGAUGCAGGGAAUAGUUGGAGACAGAUUUUUGAUGAAGAGUACAACAUUUGGUUUCUUGACAACGGAGGAGCUCUGCUCGCAGUUCUUCAUGCAACAACGCCUAUCCGGCAACUAUGGAUCAGUCUUGAUGAAGGGAAGAAAUGGGAUCGCCACAGUUUCUCCUUGGUGCCUCUGUAUGUGGAUGGAGUUUUAAUGGAGCCUGAAUCUGACAAUCACAUUAUCACCUUUUUUGGACACUUCAGCCACCGCUCAGAGUGGCAGCUGAUCAAGAUUGACUACAAGGGUCUCUUUAGCAGGAGAUGCAUGGAUGGAGAUUACCAGACAUGGUACCUGCACAACAAGGGAGAGCUUUGCGUGAUGGGUGAGAAGCAGAUCUAUAUGAAGCGCCGGCCUGGCUACCGUUGCAUGUUGGCUCAAGAUUAUUCCAGGAUCUCCUCCUCAGAACCUUGCCUCUGCACAGCCUAUGAUUUCGAAUGUGACUAUGGGUGGGAGCGCCAGGCAGAUGGGAAGUGCUCUCCUGCCUUUUGGUUUAAUCCAAAUGGUGUGGCUAAAAGCUGCAGCUCCAGCCAAAGCUUCCUUAACAGUACAGGGUAUCGUAAGGUUUUGUCCAAUAACUGUAAGGAGAGAGGAAGAAAUGUGUACUCACCCAAGAGAGUGGCAUGUCAUCCCAGAGCACCCCAGGGCCUCCAUCUGUCCACCAGCCACGGAGAACUCAGUGCCACCAUUGGAAGCAAUGUUACUUUUAUGAUCCACCUCGACAACGGAGAGUCUCCGAGCACCAGCAUCCAGCUAGACUUUGGGGACGGCAUCAAGAUCACAUACUCUAACCUGAGCAGGACCGAAAACGGCAUCAGGCACAUCUACAGAGCGACUGGGAUUUACAGAGUGAUGGCAACUGCGGAAAACAGUCUGGGAUCUGACAGCAGCACGCUUUUUUUGCACAUCACUAGUCCAGUGGAUCGUGUAUAUCUCUCUGCUCCUAUUGUGGCCGUCCGGGAGAAAGCAGCUAAUCUGACGGCCGUAGUGUGGCCGAGCCACACAAGAACUCUGACCUUCUUUUGGUGGUUUGAAAACAGCUCCGAGCCCAUUAUAACUCUGGAAGGAAGCAUCUCGCACAUGUUUCUCAGAGAGGGAAAAAACAAGGUCACGGUCCAGGUUGCGUCUGGAGGCACCGUAUUGGAAGACUCAAAAGUUAUAACUGUUAAAGAGUUCUUCAGGUCACUGCUGUUGUCGUUUUCACCAGCUCUUGACGAGCACAAUCCUGACAUCCCCGAAUGGAGGGAGGACAUAGGCCGUGUGGUGCGGACAGCUCUGUCACAGCAGGUGUCUGGUGUUCCUGAAAAUCAGCUGAUGGUGUCUCUGUACCCAGGACUUCCAACCACAGCCGAGCUCUUUAUCCUGCCCGAUGAGCAAAUGUCAAGUGAGCACAAGAAAAGGAGCGAGGAGGCGUUGGAUACAAUCUUAGAUAUUUAUGUCACUGCCCUGAACCAAGGCCUGGUCCAGUUCGAACUAAAAGCCAAUAUUCGUAUUGUUGUGUACAUGACUCAGCAAACCUUGGCACCACUAGUGGAUUCAAAUGCAAUUCACAGUGGGUCGGCAAUGCUUAUGCUGAUCAGCGUGGUCUUUGUUGGCAUAGCUGCAUUUUUUAUCUACAAAUUUAAAAGGAAAAUCCCUUGGAUCCAUGUGGAGACUGAAGACCGCCAUGAGAAGGAUCCGGAGGUGAUAAGCACAGUAGGUCAAAACGAUGCCAUGUCCAAGGUCAAGCUCAGCGAGUUUCCGUCUCAGAAAGAACUCAUGGAAAAAGAGCUGGAAGGCAGAAGCAGAGGAGGAUUUGGGAGAAGUAUGGAGAGAAUUGUCACAAGAGAAUUUCCAAACUGUACUAAUGUCUAAGACAUGAGUAAGUACUGUGUGUUGUGUUUUGAUUGUGCUUAGUUUGCUUAGGUUUUUAUUUUUUUAUUUAUUUAUGUCAUGCUGAUUGCUACAAUUGUUCAGUCAUUUUUAACUCAUGUGGAUAGGGGUAAGUAGUUUACAGUAUCUCAGUUGUAUAGAUCCUUCCAUCUGAAUGUGUCCAACUGCUCAAAUUAAAGGUAGAGUGGAUGAUUUUCCCUAGAAAUGUAGGUAAGAAACACCCAAGUCCCUUUUUGAAUAACUCCACAUGUGCAACACCAUCCUACCUGUUCCUCCACUCCUCAGGGGGAUCAUUAGAAGAGAAUCUCCCAAAUCCACUCUGGUCUUAUUUCUUUAUUCUGGGGUCUUGGUCUUCUUCUCAUUUAAACAUGUAAGACAGUUUGCUUCUUGCGACUGUCAGCCAUUUUCGUAGUAUACGGUGAGAGCAGCGGAGCUACAAAGAAGGACUGAAACCGAAGCUAACUUAAACACUAGAAGUGCGCAUACACAGCCAGCAAGUGGAAACUAAGAAGGAACGCACUUGCAUACUGGCAUUACGUGAGCAACGAUUGGCAUGUGGGACAACGAAUAGAGAAGGUGAUACUCCUGGUUCUCAAAGCCGAAAAAGAUCAUCCACUAUACCUUUAACUCAUGAUGGCCCUAAAACUUCCAUAGUGGCUAAUAUAAAUGUUUUAUAAAUAGUUUGAGAAUACUGUCCAAAUUUUAAAACUUUGUACUGUGUUUAUCAUAUCUGAGUCAUUCUUCUUUAAGAUCAUAGACAAGUCAAAUAUAACAAUUGUUAAAAGAAAAAAAAGUGUUAGAAAACAUAGACAUUCACCGGCCACUUUAUUAAGUAUUUCUUGCUCGUUCCUGGUUGGACUCCAUUUAGACUUCAGAACUGCCUGGCAUAGAUUCCACAAGGUUCUGAAAACUUUCCUCAGAGAUUUUAGUCCACAUGAUUGCAUGUUACCCUACCAUCUAAAUGUUGCAGCUCAAAUCAGGACUCAUCAGACCUGGCGACUGGAAAUUUUUCCAUUCAGCUUACGGUCAGACUGUAACCUCAGCAUCCUGCUCCUUAUAGCAGCAGCACCCAGUGUGAUCUUCUGCUGCUGUAGUCCAUCUGGUUCAUGGUUCGACAGUCGCUGUGCGUUUAAGAGAUGGUGUUCUGCAUACCUUGAUUGUAACGUGAUCAUUUCAGGUACAGUUGUCUUUCUGACGUCUAAAAACCAGUCCGUCAAUUCUCUUCUGACAUCAACAAGGUAGUUUUUCCACAAAACUGCCAGACACUGGAUAGGUUCCCUUUUGUUGACAAAUUUCUCUAAAGCCAAGGGACGGUUGUGGGUAAAAAAAUCCCACAACCGUCAGUUUCUGAAAUACAUAGACCUAGUACCAAUAACCAAAGUAAUUUAAAUCUGUUUUCUAGGUUUGACCUUCAACAAGUUGUCUCUACCACACCUAGUUGCAUUAAGCUACUGCCAAGUGAUUGGCUGAGCCACUGUUUGUGUUACCAACCCAUUGAACAGAUGUACCUAAUAAAGUGACCCGUGAGUGUAAUUUAAUUAAGAAAAGUACAAGUGUAAUGUAGAUUUCUGCACAAGAAAAAUAUGUUUAUGAUGUUUUGUCUAUUAGUUUGCUUCAUUUGGACCUACCUAAAGGGAUAUCAAAACAUUGGACUCAAAACGAAAGAAUGUUUUUUUUAUACAUAUAUAUAUAUAUAAAUAUGUCUUGCAAGACUUGUUAAUACUGUUUCCUAUUUUUGUUUAAUAUAUUCCCCCUACUGCACACAUUGACCCAGGAUGUAAACUGUUAACUGUGUCUUGCCUCAAAAUUAUGAUUAUUACGUUAUGUGAAAUUUUGGAGCAUAAAUGUGUUUUUACCUUUCUAGUGACAGAGAUCUUUUUGUUGUAAAUAUUAUCCAGAUGUGUACAAUUGUCCAGAUCUGAUUACUGUGAAUGCUGAAAGGACAGAAACAUGUUGUGGUUUUGCUCUGUGAGAUUACAGCGAUGCUUUCAAAGACUGCUUCUAAGAUGAUGGAAGACUGGCCAUAUUAAAGUUGGGAUUGUUGAUACUUUGUACAUAGCAAAAAAAAAAAAAAGGGAUACAGUAGAGUAAAGUCAAUAAAGUCUUGUGUUUCCAUCUGCUUCAGCUCGACAAUAAGCUUUAUGCUCACUUUGGCUACUUUGUCAUCUACAACAGCAUGCCUCGAUUAGCUGUGAACAAAGACUAUAUUGGGGGGUCUGUGUGCGUGUGUGUGUGUGUGUGUGUGUGUGUGUGUGUGUGUGUGUGUGUGUGUGUGUGUGUGUGUGUGUGCACAUGCGCACGUGUGUUUGUGUGUACAACAUAUAUGUUUAUGGUGAUUUUAAAGUUUACUUGACAAAUUAUCAGACAUAAAAAAAUAAUAAACAUGUUGUCUAAAGGUCUCGUGCAGUUGCUCAAAGGUUAUGCAUGGUAUAUCUACAAUAUUGUACCUUUUUGUCAGUUAUAGGAACAUUGUCAUGUUUUAGGUUACAUUUCUUACUGUGAACAAAUUAACAUUACAAAACUGCUGAAAAUAAAUGUAUUUUUAUAUGUUU